AUGGCCGAAGAAAUGCCCACUCAGACCUUCACUUCCGCAGACCGAAUCCGCCAGCUCAAUGACAUCGACAAGGAGGUCGCUCAGUUAAUACGCUCUGCCGGCCUGGCAAUCCAGGCCCUUACGAACACACAUCCCGACUCGGACUCCGUCGACGCCGCAUAUGGUUCCCUCGAAUCCCACAAGACUCAAUUCAAAGAAGCCACCUCAAAGUACUUUGCCCUUCUGUCCACAAUCGAUGUACGUCUACGCAGACAGCUUUAUGCGCUAGAAGAAGCGUCUGUCCUGGGGCCCGACGCCCUCGCGCGGACAGAUGCCUCGACUACAGGUGGGGCAAGUGGUGCGGCCGCAAGUGCUGGAGCAGGUGCGGCCAAUCCUCUUGAUACGAGCUGGCUGAACAGUCGCAAGGAUACGGUUGGGAAGGAUAAGGAAGCAGAGCUCUGGGAAGCCGCUCGCGGGUUUGUGGCGCGUCUCGAUCAGAAGUCGGAGGAGUCCUCCCAGGCCAUUGGUGACUCGGAGAGAAUGCAGGUGGAUUAG